UACAUCUGCUGGAGUCAACAUCUUCACGUCCCCUCCGAAUUUCGGUAAAGUUUAUUAAGCAACAGAUGGUACUUCCUCGUCCUCCUCGCUGAUAAGUGGUUUAUCUGAAAUAUUAUCCGCUCUCUGUGCUGUUCACUAUUAUAGCUGUCUAGCAUGUCAUCACGCCCUAUGAUGGGUGGUAUCGGAGCUCUGAAACCGGCUGACGAGACGGUCACGACGGUUAUCAAUUUGGUGAGGGAAACUUUGCUGGAAAAAAUUUCUGGGGGAGGUCGUCGAUCAGAAUUGGAAUUGUCGACGUUUUCGCCAAGUGCGCACUCCUACAAGACGCAGGUUGUGGCAGGGACGAAUUUCUUUGUAAAGGUCCAAUUACAAGAAGGCGACUUUGUUCACGUCCGAAUUUAUCGUGACCUUCAAGGAAACGUUUCUCUGCACAGUGUUGCUGACGAUAAGAAAGAAGACGACGAAAUUCUCUACUUUUGAUUUAAACCUUGCCAAUUCAUUCACCUACUAGCUUUUUCUUUUUAAUUAAGUUUAAAUUCAGUUAAUUUAGAUUUUAUUCAUAUCAAUUUACAGUAAAACAUCUUCAUAAUUAUAAUGUCUCUCUUAACAAAUAGUAGUAGAUUAGUGACAAAUUCCGUCGUUAAAUUUCGACUUCAUUUACGCCCCACCACAUGUCGUAAUCCCUCCCCAAAUUACAUCCAAAGUAAGAAAGGCUACAAGACGUUAUCGACGCAUCGUCACCUUCCCUUCAAAACUAGGACGCUACUAUCUGCUCCUCCUACUUCCGGUUCAGUUCACUUUCACAGCCUGUCUAGUUUGUCGCAAAAGUUUAAAAACUUCCAAAACCAGGAAAAACUGUGGGUUCGAUUUUUCUCAGCAUCAUCACUGCGGUUAUCAUCCAAAGAUUCCAAGUUGUCAACUUCACCACAAGCGGAUGCUGAAUAUCCGCUCGUCGUAGCAAUCGGCUCUGUCUCCAAAGAGGUCACUCAGCCCAAAAAUCCACUCUUUGUUCCCAACAAAUAUUACGACCCUGCUACGACCUCCCAAACCGAACUGGGCCAUUUGCAAUGGAUGCUGAAGAAGGAUCUGCUCGGUCAAGACAUGUUCCUCAUUGGACCACCCGGCCCGAUGCGUCGCCGUCUCGCAAUGGCCUUUGCAGAGCUAACGUCUCGUGAAAUUGAAUACAUUUCGUUAUCAAGAGAUACCACCGAGUCGGAUAUGAAGCAGAGGAGAGAAGUCAUUCUCAAAACGGCCACCUACAUUGACCAGUCCGCCGUGCGAGCCGCGACCGAAGGCCGUCUCCUCAUUAUUGAAGGGAUUGAAAAAGCUGAACGAAACGUGCUUCCUCUCCUCAACAAUUUGCUCGAAAAUCGAGAAAUGCAUUUGGAAGAUGGACGCCAUCUCAUUGCCGGAGAUCGGUAUGACAAACUUCUCAAGGAGCACGGUCAAACUGUUCUGGACAAGUGGAAGUUGGUCAAAGUGGACGAGAACUUUCGCGUCAUCGCGUUAGGCCUCCCCGUCCCAUUCUUUAAAGGAAAUCCACUCGAUCCCCCGCUCCGAUCCAGAUUUCAAGGCAGGUCCAUCGUCCCUUUGACCGCUGGGGAAAUGCUGUCGAAACUGAAGACUUUGACGCCCUCCGUGCCCGAGGAGAAGUUGGCAUCGCUGAGCAAUUUUGGCUACUCGGUCGUCUGGUCCAACGAUCCGGAUUUUCGGGACAGCGAACAGAAUCCGUGGACCAUUACGUUACCCCAUUUUCCUCUGGAUUCCUUGUACGAUGCGUCACGAUUGAUGAGCGUCGCGCCAGAUAUUUCUCUGUACCGCUUACUCGUCCGACUUUACCCGUACGACCUUAUCGUCGAGAAGGACGAAGGUCAACUUAAAGCCGUGGAUGACACGUUGACCUCGUUCGGCUUCAAUAUUUCAGACUCGCCGAGUAAAUCCAGUGGGAAAUUGGUCGAGAAAUAUACGACAGGAUCGUCUCCACCUCCGUCGGAAUACUUUCGCUACAUUCCUGUCGCCUCGCACGAAUCGGUGGUGGGCGAAUUGCUCGAGUCGUACCAAGUGAAACGUGACAUUUGUCUCUUGGGGGAGCGUGGGAGUGGAAAAAGCGUCAUUCUGUCGAGAUUUGCCUCCCUCAUUGGGGCCAAAAUAGAACCGAUCGUCCUCUACAAGGACAUGACGGCGAGGGACCUGCUCCAACAAAGGGCCACGAAGCGAGAUGGCGACACGGUGUGGCGAAACGCUCCCUUAGUUUCGGCCGCGCUUGAGGGAAAACUCGCUGUUCUGGAUGGCCUAGACCAAGUCCAUUCGAGCACGCUGGCGGUCAUAUUCAGACUCGUGCAUGAUCGCGAACUCCAACUCCACGAUGGAACACGUCUCCUCCGAAAGGACCGUUUUGACGCACUCGCCGCCAAACUUUCACUCUCUGCUGAGGAGAUGGCCUCGACGCAUGGGAUUUACCCGAUUCAUCCGGAUUUCUUCAUCGCCGCGACGGCCACACCACCGCCGCCAAAGUCCGCCUCGGGUGGAGGGAAGGAAAAAAAGGCUUGGCUCACACCAGAAAUGCUCUCACUCUUCUUCUACCAUCGCGUCCCCCGUCUCAGUGUGGGCGAAGAGGAAGAGAUCGUCUCGUCCUUUUGUUCCAGUCGAGGCGAGCUUGCGCCAGAGACGCGAAAAAUCAUAGCCACCGCACGACAGCUAAGAGAAAGCAAGGAAUCCUCGAAAAAAUCACUGUCCUCGUCGCUCUCAACGCGCCAACUUGCCCGCAUAGCGCGAAGGACGGAACUAUUCGGCGUCGCGGACGGUGAAUUAGGACCAUUCGAAGAAGUCUCGAGAGCCUGUUUAUCACGAUUUUUGCCACCCCUGAACAAAGAGGAGCUUGAGAACACGAUGUUGAAGAAUGGGAUUCUUCCGCGCUCUGGGUCCUCCCCCUUUGCCGAGAAGAAGGUGACCUCGUCCCCCACCGAGUUGACCAUCGGCCUGACCUCCGCCCCCAUCUGGCCAGACACGGAACACAAGUCCAAAGUUCCCCACGUCCUCUUCUACGACAUCCAACAGCACGUGCGCGUUCUUGAGGAGCUCUUGCAAGACUAUUUGAUGGGGGAGCACCUCCUCCUCGUGGGCAAUCAGGGCGUCGGGAAAAACAAACUAGUCGACCAACUCCUUUACUUGCUCAACCGUCCCAGAGAAUACAUCCAGCUCCAUCGAGACACGACCGUGCAGGCGCUCACGUUACAGCAGAAAGUCGUGGAUGGCGUGGUCAUCACGGAGGACAGUCCACUAGUCCGGGCUGCUAGGGAGGGACAUGUCAUUAUUAUCGAUGAAGCCGACAAGGCCCCAACCCACGUGACCUGCAUUCUCAAAACUUUGGCAGAAUCUGGGGAAAUGGUGCUGUCCGACGGGCGUCGAAUCGUCCCUCAAUCCAUAAUCGACCUCCACUAUCAAAAUUUGACGGCGGAAGAGUCCAACGCCAUCAUUCCGUUGCAUCCAGACUUUAGAAUGUUUGUCCUCGCAAAUCGGCCAGGAUUUCCAUUUCUGGGGAACGACUUCUACUCUGUCCUUGGCGACCUCUUCAGCGUGCACGCAAUCGACAAUCCAAGUUUCGAAUCGGAAAUGGAACUCUUAAAGAAUUACGGGCCUGACAUCGACCCCGCGUAUUUGGAACGGAUAGCCAAAGCGUUUGGCGAUCUGCGCAAAAUGGCGGAUGACGGAACGAUCAAUUAUCCAUACUCGACCAGAGAAGCGGUCAAUAUUGUGAAACAUUUACGAAAAUUCCCUUCGGAUUCGUUAUCUGAAGCAAUCGACAACGUCUUUGAUUUCGACGUGUACAAUGCCGAAUUGCGUCAAACGGUGAAGGAUACGCUGCACAAGUAUAAUUUGAAACCAAGUGACGGUGUUCUCUUGAGAAAUCGGACGAGUGGAGAUGGGAACUUGUCCGUCCAGAGAAUGUCAGUCGCAGAUUUGCAAAAAUUACAGCGUGCCGGGGACAUGAUGGGGAUGAAACCGUCAGAGAAAAAUUUUCAAUCGGGGGAUUUUAAGGAUCCCAAAUUCGGCAAGGUCGACCCCACCGGGGCGGCGCAUGUGGGAGGAAAUACUUGGGCUGGUGGAUCAGGAGGAAUGGGAACUGCUGGUCUUGGCGGAGCCGGGGGUCCCUUUCGCCUCGACUCUGGCAAUCCUGUUUUCCAAGUUUCAGACCAAGUGAAGGAAGCCGUGCCACCCGAAGUGCGAAAAAUGGCACGUGAAAUGGCGAGAAAAGCUUUUGAAGAGAAACUCAAAGAAAUCAAGAUGAGUAAAUAUGAAGGAAAUGUUUACGAAGAGUUUCUGGGUCCAAUUCGUCCUCAAAUUCAAGCCCUCCGCGUCAUCCUGACAUCUCUUCAAGCCAAAGCUAAAGAGCGAAAGUGGGUACGACACCAAACUUCGGGGGAGCUGGACGACUCCAAAAUUAUCGAGGGCGUUAUCGGAGAAAAGAACGUGUACAAAUUGAGAAAGGACGAAGAACCCGAACCCGGAGAUCCGCAACAGAAGCCGAAACGACUCAAACUAGUGGUCGACGUUUCUGGCUCGAUGUACAGAUUUAACGGGUACGAUCGCCGCCUCGACCGUGUCCUGGAAUCGUGCCUCAUGGUCAUGGAAUCGUUCAAAGGUUUCGAGGACAUUUUCCAAUACGAGAUCGUCGGCCAUUCCGGAGACGACUUUAAACUCCCCAUCGUCGCCUUGGCCGACACCCCAAAAGACAACAAGGAACGACUCGACAUUAUGCGAAUUAUGCACCUCCACGCCCAAUUCUGCUCCUCGGGUGACAACACCUUGGAAGCCACGCAGGAGGCCAUCAAAUCCGUCGGGUCGGAUAUUGACGAGUGUGACGAGGCCUUUGUCAUUGUCCUCUCGGACGCAAACUUGGAACGGUACGGAAUUAAUCCCAAGGAACUCGCCAAAAUUUUGAACCACAAUCCAGACGUGAAAGCUUUCUCGGUUUUUAUCGGAUCCUUGGGAGAUCAAGCGCAGAGACUGACGGAACAAUUGCCACCAGGCAAGGGAUAUGUUUGCCUCGAUACGACACAACUUCCUAAAAUCUUACAGAGAAUAUUUACCCAAUCAAUUUUACAUUAAUGUCAAAUUUGUUAGUUUUAAUUUGGUAGGCAGCAAAAAAAAAACUUUUAACAUUUCAUUUAUAAAUGUAUUCAUAUUGGUUAAUAGUAUUUUUAUUCAUCAGUGUGUGCUAAUUAUUAUUAUUAUAAAUUGAAUUAACCCUGCAAUUGUAGGUAAAUUUUAUUUUUAAAAUAAAAAAAAUCAGAAAUAUAAAAGUUCAAA